CGGACACCUCAGACGGCGGUGGCCCGGGAUCAGACCGCGUCUCAGGCGAGCCCGAGACGCGCCCCCAGCCCGCCAUGGCCCGCCUGUUGCGGGCGUCCUGUCUUCUCUCCCUGCUCCUGGCUGGCUUCGUCCCGCCGAGCCGGGGGCAGGAGAAGUCCAAGACGGACUGCCACGCUGGCGGGAGCGGCACUAUCUAUGAGUACGGAGCCCUGACCAUCGAUGGGGAGGAGUACAUCCCUUUUAAGCAGUAUGCUGGCAAAUACAUCCUGUUUGUCAACGUGGCCAGCUACUGAGGCCUAACAGGCCAGUACGUUGAACUGAAUGCACUACAGGAAGAGCUUGCACCAUUUGGUCUGGUCAUUCUGGGCUUCCCCUGCAACCAAUUUGGAAAACAGGAACCAGGAGAAAACUCGGAAAUCCUACCCAGCCUCAAGCAUGUCCGACCAGGUGGGGGCUUCGUCCCCAAUUUCCAACUCUUUGAGAAAGGGGAUGUGAACGGGGAGAAAGAGCAGAAGUUCUACACGUUCCUGAAGAACUCCUGCCCACCCACCUCGGAGCUCCUGGGCUCACCUAACCGCCUCUUCUGGGAACCCAUGAAGGUCCAUGACAUCCGCUGGAACUUUGAGAAGUUCCUGGUGGGGCCAGAUGGCGUGCCCCUCAUGCGCUGGUACCACCGGACCACGGUCAGCACCGUCAAGAUGGACAUCCUGGCCUACAUGAGGCGGCAGGCGGCCCUGACAGUCAACGGGAAGUAAAUCAGGCCUGCCACACCCUGUGUCCACCAUGCAGGGGCUGGGGAGGGACUCUGUUCAGGAAGGAACCCAUUUCUCUAACCACAACACACUCCCGCCACAGACCCCUUACUAAUAUACAAGGCCCCGACCUGACCCAAACGUGCGCGUACGAUUGUCGUCUGUACUGCUGCGCAUGUGGGUGUCUGCACACAUGCCUCCGUGACCGUGCGUGUGCAUGGGUACAGCCACCGCUGUCUACCUGCGCAAAUAUGGGGGACGUGAACCGUUUGUGUGCCCCCAGCUGUGUGUUAUGGAGAGUGCUGGAGAACUCCCCUUUCUCUCCAGUUCUCUGUUCCAGUGAGAGCCAUUCACUUUCAGUGGAGCCCAAGUUAAAACCAGAUCCAGAUCCAACUGUUCUGCUCUGACCCGGACCUCAACCUUGGGGCCGGCAUCUCCCACUGCCUCCAAAUCUCACCACUGAAGUGCCCAGAAGUUUCUGGGUCUACCACACUGUCCAAUCUUCCCCCUCUCCAUCAUGCAGCCUCGCUCCUUCCUGAGGGGCCCUCCCAAGCCCCCUCCUCCACCCCACAAUGCUCCCUGAGAGCAGCCGAGGCAGAUGUGAGAGCAAGGGCCACGUCCCGUGUCAGGGAUGGCGUCUCCAUGAAGGAGGGGCCCGAAGCCCUUGUGGGCGGACCUCCCCUGAGCCUGUCUGAAGGGCCAGCCCUUAGUGCAUUCAGGCUGAGGCCCCUGGGCAGGGAUGCCACCCCUGCUUUUCUGCAGGAUGUGCCCUCUCCCCUCACCCUGGCUCUUGGUAUUAGACUCACCCCUGUGUUCCCAGUAAAGGCCUUUCUGCAGCA